AUGCCCUCCAGUCAAGUCAUCGUCCUGUACGACUUCCCAAGCACAUUUCCGGGAAAAGCGUGUUCGCCCAAUGUGUGGAAGACUAGACUGUGUCUGAACUACAAAGGCUUGCCGCACAGGACUAUUUGGGUUGAGUAUCCAGAUAUCGCAAAGGUCUGCAAGGAGAUCGGAGCGGAACCGACGGCUACCUAUCCGGACGGUUCUCCGUACUACAGUGUUCCCAUCAUCUACGACCCGUCGACGAAGAGUAUCGUCUCCGAGUCAGCCAGGAUUGCACGCUACCUCGACAAAACCUACCCUGACACGCCUGUCCUCAUCCCUCCGGGGACGGAUGCGUUUCAUGCGGCGUUCAACGACGUGUUCGAAUCGCUCGCGCUUCUACCCAUGCAGCCCCUCGUGCUGCCGUCGGCCUCCGACGUACUUCACCUGGAGAGCCGAGCAUACUUCCGAAAAAGCAUGGAAGCAUGGCUUGGGAAGAAGUUGGAGGAAGUCUAUCUUGUUGGUCAGGCUCGCGAGGAACAGUGGAAGAAACUCGCUGAGGGAUACACAAAGAUGGCUAUGUGGUUACAGAUGGACGGAAGGGACAAGCUGUUCUUCGGGGGCGACAACAUAUGCUACGCGGACAUCACGGUAGCGAGCUUCCUUGGGGCAUUGAGGCGCUCCUUUGGGGCUGAUAGCGCAGAUUGGGCGGCUGUAAAGGAGUGGGACGGAGGAAGAUGGGCGCGCUUCAUUGAACGGUUUGACAAGUACGAGGUAGUUCAUGAGUAA